CUAUCUCACCAUGACGCAGCAGUAUACCGCUUCCUCUUGUUGCUCGGAGACGGGCAGUUGUUUUGAGUGACCCUAGAUUGUGCAGCGAUGGCGUCCUUGGCGUGCUCUCUAUCAGCUCCUUGCAGCUCGUCUCUGCGUAGCAGCUUCCAAGGAGAGUCUCUCGUUACGGGCAAUCCCUCCUCCUCGUACCAGGUGCAGCAGCAGCAGGGCAAGGGCGCUCUCAGAAUCAAAGCUAAGGAGUCGAGGAUCGGGAAGGCACCAAUUCCCGUGCCGAAGGGUGUGACGAUUAACCUUGAAGGCCAGAGCUUGACUGUGAAAGGGCCUCUCGGAGAGCUCGCGAGGACGUACCCCCGGGAGGUGAAGCUCACCAAUGCGGGUGAUGUACUAACCGUAGAAAGGGCUGUCGAGUCCAGGAGAGCUCGCCAAAUGCACGGUCUGUUCAGGACAUUGACGGACAACAUGGUCAUCGGAGUCAGCAAGGGUUUUGAGAAGAGGCUCCAGCUUAUCGGUGUGGGAUACAGAGCUGCCGUUGAGAAGGACGAGCUAGCCCUAAAUUUGGGAUUCUCUCACCAAGUGCGAAUGAAAAUUCCCGAGGACAUUACCGUGAAGGUGGAGGAGAACACGAGGGUGUUAAUCUCGGGGAAAGAUAAGUGCUCCGUGGGAGAUUUCUCUGCGGCGGUCAGGAAAUGGAGGCCUCCGGAACCGUACAAGGGUAAAGGUAUCAAGUACUCUGACGAGGUUAUUCGCCGUAAGGAGGGCAAGGUCGGCAAGAAAAAGUAGAGGGUCUCCCCCAACGGAAUAUUUUCAUAGUCGUAGCUUUUACCUCACCCUCUGGUUUCUGGAGGUGGAAUGUCUGGGCUGGCUCAAAUUGGAUGCUACAAUGGAUAUUGACGUACAUUUUUUGAUUUCUCAGCUCCUAUACAUCGCUAAUUUAGCGGCGUUAUACAGUUUCGUUAUCUAUACCUGCAUUCUUUCUGUCCCCUCCAUUGCACUAAUGCCAUCUCCAUUCCAAGGUUUCGUGACUGGUUUGGAACACUAGUUGUCGCUGUUAUCAUAGUGGAGCGGUUUUUAGUGAAAUCAAACCCGGUAAGGAAAGAUGGAAACAAUCAUUAUCAAUUACAGAUACGUAUCUUAAA